AUGUCUGAAAAGCUCUCCAACUCGAGCGAGGAAGCUUUCACUCCUUUAGCGCCUGUCGGAUUUUUCGAUCCGGCGCUGAAAACCACCCGACGGAAAGUGUUCAUCCAAUGGGCCCGCACCGUCCUCAUUCUCUGCGUCUUUGUGCUAUGGGUUUUAUCAAUCUUCUGGGGCUCCCAAUUUGCAACAGAAAAGAAUUUCAAAGCGCUCAAAGUCUGGGUCGUCGACUUCGACGGCCAAACGCCGUACAAUUCCUCUGACACACUGGUCGGACCGGUCGUCAAACAAGUCACCAAUGAAUUCAUUUCCUCCCCAAGCCUCCAUUUAGGCUACGAGAUCCGCUCUCCGGAACAAUUCAACAACGACCCCUGGGCCGUCCGUCAAGCCAUCUACGACGAACACGCCUACGCCGCAGUGAUCAUCAACCCAAACGCAACUACCCUCCUCCGCUCCGCCAUUUCCAACAAUAACCAAUCCUACGACCCGACCGGCGUUAUUCAAACGAUCAUCGUCUCCGCCCGUGAUGAAAGUACAUACUACAACUACAUUCUGCCGGAUUUAUCCGUGUUCCAAGCUUCCAUCAUCAUGGGCCCGGGAGCUAGUCUCCGGAAAUACGAAUCUAGCCUCCGUACCCUGCAAGCCAUCAACCCAGCCAUUGGCAUCACGACUAUCGAUCUCCGACCAUUCGCGCCCGCCGUCGCCGCACCGGCCGUCUCAAUCGGCUUGAUCUACCUGAUCAUCAUUGCAUACUUCAAUUUCCCUUUCCUCAUGCCCAUUCACGCCCAGUUCAUCAAAUCCGAUACUCACCCGCCUCUCAAAAUUCCGCACUGGUUAAUAUGGCGCAUGGUCUCCAACAUCGUCGCUUAUUUCUUCCUUUCAUUAUUCUACUCGCUUGUUUCAUUGGCGUUCCAGAUUCCAUUUAGUAACGAGCCUGCGUCGGAGGUUCUCUCCGCCGAAAAUGCAAAUGCGUAUGGAAAGGGCUCAUUUGUUGUCUUUUGGAUGUUGAAUUGGGUGGGGAUGGCUGCGCUAGGUUUCCCAUGUGAGAACAUGGCUAUGAUCCUAGGAAUGCCGUGGUCUUCGUUUUUCCUUAUCUUUUGGGUCAUUACGAAUGUCGCAACGGGCUUUUAUGCCAUUGACCUGUCUCCGGUCUUUUAUCGGUGGGGAUAUGCUUGGCCUUUGCAUCGGAUUGUCGAGGCUCUACGGACGAUUUUGUUCGGAACGCAUUCGAGGAUCGGGUUGGACUUUGGAAUAUUGUUUAUUUGGGUCGUCUUUUCGUUGGCAUUCUAUCCAUUUGCGACAUUCAUUAUGCGUUGGAAGAUGAAGAGGGGGAUGUAG